GUGUCUUCCUUUUGGGGGUGGUUCUGUUUCUUUGGGGUGGCUUGACAAGACACCUUUUCAUUAUAACGUAGUGUGGAGUUUGUCAAGUACCCUAAUAGGAAAGUUCUCUUAGCAUUUGUACUACACCAUCGCGGCCAAUAUAUAUAUAUAUAUAUAGUUUAAGUCAUAUAAGGUACUCUUUAAAAAAAAGAAAAAGAUGCUUGGAAGGCGAAUCGCGUCCGGCUGCGGUAUCCCCAAACAAAUGUACACCCGUUUGGGGAUUUCCACGUUUAAACAAGCCAAUCGGAGGCUUCCUGCUUUAGUUCCCCUCCGCGGGAUCCUCGCUCGCAGUGUGAAUGGUGGGGGCCUUCACGCGCUUUCCACAACAGUUCUCAGUGAGAAUAUCGUAAUCGGAGGGGAUCUCACAAAAGCAAUCCACACGCUUGCCUGUCUUGGAUUACUACAAGGCACGUUGUCGAGCACCCUCUAUGCGAAUCAGUUUCUGAUUAAAUUGCUAAUGGAUAUGACAUGCACUUAUAGGGUUAUGAAAUCGCAUCACAGAGUGGAAUAACUAGGGCGAUACCACUCUAAAACGGUUUUUCACCUUUGGGGGAGAGGAUGAUUUUUUGGUUGGCGGAUAUUUUGUCCCCUUUAACGACAGCGCAAAAACUCUAUCGUAAUAAGUGUAUGUUGUAGAGAGUCAUGAUGAAUGUUUCCAUUAUAUCAUGUUUUUCUUAUCGAAAUUAUUCACAGGUCAUAUAUAUAUAUAUAUGUAUAUGUAUAAGGACUUAACGA